UUGGGCCUCUUGGUGACGGCAACCGCGUGGAGGCGCAAGAAAGGCUCUAACUGGAGAGGGAGGGGUCCACGGACUGUUGGCUGCGGGGCUGGAAGUCGGACCGAGGGCCUAGAGGGUGCGGGAGAGCUCUGUGGGCGGAGCGAACCAGCCUGCAGGUCCCCGGAAGGAUCCGCAGAGCCUAGGGUCCCCACGUCAGGGCUAGAAGGAGCCCACGAGUUACCUAGGGAUCUCUGGGAACUGCCCCGUGACUGUUCGAGAAGAUGCCGUACCUGGGCUCCGAGGACGUGGUGAAGGAGCUGAAGAAGGCUCUGUGUAACCCUCACAUUCAGGCUGAUAGGCUGCGCUAUCGGAAUGUCAUCCAGCGAGUGAUUAGGCACAUGACCCAGGGCUCAGACAUGUCUGGUGUUUUCAUGGAAAUGGUGAAGGCCAGUGCCACUAUAGAUAUUGUUCAGAAGAAGUUGGUUUAUCUCUACAUGUGUACCUAUGCCCCCCUGAAACCAGAUCUGGCUCUCCUGGCCAUCAAUACACUGUGCAAAGACUGUUCGGACCCCAACCCAAUGGUGCGAGGGUUGGCACUACGGAGCAUGUGUAGCCUCAGGUUGCCUGGUGUGCAGGAAUAUAUCCAACAGCCAGUUCUCAACGGUCUGCAGGAUAAGGCUUCAUAUGUCAGGAGGGUAGCAGUCCUUGGCUGUGCCAAGAUGCAUACUCUUCAUGGAGACUCUGAAGUGGAUGGUGCCCUGGUAAACGAAUUAUAUAGUUUGCUGCGUGACCAGGAUCCAAUUGUGGUUGUGAACUGCCUGAGGUCUCUGGAGGAAAUUCUGAAACAGGAAGGAGGUGUUGUCAUCAAUAAGCCCAUCGCCCACCAUCUCUUAAAUCGAAUGUCAACACUGGACCAGUGGGGCCAGGCUGAAGUACUGAACUUUCUGCUCCGCUACCAGCCCCGCAGUGAGGAGGAGCUGUUUGACAUUCUCAACCUGUUGGACGGUUUUCUCAAGAGCAGUAGCCCAGGUGUGGUGAUGGGAGCCACCAAACUCUUUCUGAUCUUGGCAAAAAACUUCCCCCAUGUGCAAACCGACGUGCUCAUGCAAGUCAAGGGAACUUUGCUGGCUGCCUGUUCUUCAGAGAGCCGCGAGCUCUGUUUUGCUGCCCUCUGCCAUGUGCGCCAGGUCCUGCACAGUUUGCCGGGUCACUUUAGCAGCCACUACAAAAAGUUUUUUUGCUCCUACUCGGAGCCCCACUACAUCAAGCUCCAGAAGGUGGAGGUGCUGUGUGAGCUGGUGAACGACGAGAACGUGCAGCAGGUGCUGGAGGAGCUUCGAGGGUACUGCACCGAUGUGUCCGCCGACUUCGCGCAGGCUGCCAUCUUUGCCAUAGGUGGCAUCGCCAGGACCUACACGGAUCAAUGUGUGCAGAUUCUAACAGAGCUGCUGGAGCUUCAACAAGAGCACAUUACCACAGUGGUGGUGCAGACUUUCCGAGACCUGGUUUGGUUGUGUCCUCAGUGUACAGAAGCUGUGUGUCAGGCCCUGCCCGGCUGUGAGGAGAGCAUUCAAGAUAGCGAGGGGAAGCAGGCGCUCAUUUGGCUACUCGGUGUCCACGGGGAGAGAAUCCCCAACGCUCCUUAUGUGUUGGAAGACUUCGUAGAGAAUGUGAAGUCGGAGACAUUUCCAGCUGUCAAGAUGGAGCUGCUCACGGCUCUGCUGCGCCUUUUCCUCUCUCGCCCCGCCGAGUGCCAGGACACGCUGGGCCGUUUGUUAUACUACUGCAUAGAGGAAGAAAAGGAUAUGGCAGUACGGGACCGAGGUCUCUUCUACUAUCGCCUCCUCUUAGCUGGCAUCGAUGAAGUGAAGCGGAUCCUAUGUAGCCCUAAAUCUGACCCUUCUCUCAGACUUUUGGAGGAUCAGGCAGAAAGACCCGUGAACAGCUGGGCCUCGGACUUCAACACGCUGGUGCCAGUAUAUGGCAAAGCCCGCUGGGCAACCAUCUCUAAAUGCCAAGGAGUAGAACGUCGUGGCCCAGAGCUUCCUAACACUGCAUCUUUUGCCACAUCAGGACCCCUGAUUCCUGAAGAGAACAAGGAGAGGGUCCAAGAACUCCCUGAUUCCAGAGCCCUCAUGCUAGUCCCCAAUCACCAGCUUACUGCUGAGUGUUUUGAGAAAACUUGGCUGAGCCUCAAAGUUGCUCAUCAGCAGGUGUUCCCGUGGCAGGGAGCAGUCCAUCCUGACACCCUCCAGAUGGCCCUGCAAGUCGUGAACAUCCAGACCAUCGCGAUGAACAGGGCUGGGGCUCAGCCGUGGAAAGCCUACCUCAGCGCUCAGGAUGACACUGGCUGUCUGUUCCUGACAGAACUGCUGUUGGAGCCCGAGAACUUGCAAAUGCAGAUCUCAGUAAAACAAAACAAGGCGAGGACAGAGACACUGAACAGUUUUAUUUCUGUAUUAGAAACUGUGAUUGGAACAAUUGGAGACAUAAAAUCAUAACAGCUUCUUGCCUGUCCUGAGUGAGAUGAAUAGCUGUCAGAGUUCCUUAGUUUUUCUUAUUAUAGCUGCUUGUAAGUCCAGAUAAUAUCAAAUGCAAAGGAGAAUGGGAAUCUGGGAAUGAGAAUUCUUACAUUCUUGUCCAAAGAUCAUUGGUGAAUGACCCCAUUUUUCCAGGUGAUGUGGUAAAGGUUAAUGUUGUUGGUAAGGGGGUGGGAAUGGG